AAAUUAAACACGCUUUGCAAAUAACAAAGGUCGGUGUUCCGCAGAACUGCCCGUCCCCGGUCAGAGGAGAAAUAGCAGGUCCAGGGGGGAGGGAGGGAGGGAGGGAAGGGAGACGGGAUUCAAAUCGAUUUGACAGAGUCGGGCCGAGCGGAGAAUCUCAGCGAUGGCGUCCGGCGACGUUCCCGAUAACCACCGUGAGAGCUGGGGCGCUCUGCUCCGGGCGGCCGAAGCGUACAGCAGGCAGAGCGGGAACGAGGUCGCCCUACUGACGUCCCGCAGGAAGCACGGACCGCGGGGCGGCGGCCAGCCGGGCCCGGGGGAGGAGCGGAGCUACGGGGUGUGGGGGCCCGGCCCGCUAGCGGAGUCCGCCCGGCGCUACCUGGACGACAUCGCCGUGCUGCACGGGACCAGCUGCCUGCUCGGGGCGGGGCGCAGCAAGGAGCCGGACCGGGUCUCCGUUUUCAGCUCGGCCGAUGUGGGAGGAGCCAGCCCCAGCAGUCUCUACUCGCAGAGCUACCCGUCAAUCUACAGCGGGGGCGUGGUCUUGGGGAGCGGGGGCGGGGCUAAUGGAAACGGUCAUGACGCCUCCGGGACUCUAGAGGGCGCCGUCCUGACAGAGCAGGUGGGGCCGAGGGGCAGGGCCAGCAACCGGGGGGAGGGGCUAGAAGACGAUGAGGAGGAAGAAGAUGAAGAGAUUGAGAGACGCAACAGAAACCUGAAUGAAGCAACAGAGGUGUUUGUGAUGGAUGAAGAUUCUGUGUCUCUCUCUGAACCUUUCUUUGAGUCGGAUGCAGAAGAGGAUGGAAGCACUGAUGACUCUUCUCUCAGUGAGGACCCCCCCCUCUCCUCUCGCUCAGUCUUCUCCCGGCCGGCCCCCCCCUCUCGCUCUCUCUCCCAGCAGCACCUCGCUCGCUCGCUCCCCGUUUCUGUGCCCAUCUGGGGGUACAGAGAGUUCACGGCGGGGGGGCGCGCUCCGAGCCACGCCGAGUCUCACAGCGGCGAGCAAAGGGCUGGCUGUGCUGAUCUGGAUCACAUAGCUGCCAGUAUCCGCGCUCUCGCUGUCCGAGUCACGGACGGGACGGAGAUGUUUGGGGACCUGCCCCGACCCCGUCUGAACACGGGGGACUCCCAGAAACCCAAAUACUGAGAGGAGUGGAGGGGAGAGGGGAGAGGGGAGAAGAGAGAGAGGGGAGAGGAUAGUAAUACACAGGCAGACAGAAACCCAAAUACUGAGGGGAGAGCUGUUUUUAAUAUAGAGACACACAGAGAGAGGGAGCGACACUAAGAGACAGACAGAUACACUAAGACAGAGAGAGAAACACUGAGACAGAGACAGACAGACAGACGCUGAGACAGAGCGAGAUAGAAACACAGACAGAGAGGUAGAUAAAGGGUGCGUUCACUGAGAUCAUUCUGCCCAGAUUCUGUGCAGAAUACGACAAAUUUAUCCAACAGAUUGACAGCAUUGGUCAGAUUGUACACAGUUUGAUCUCUGAAUGCAACCAGAGAUACAGAUAGAC